AUGCGGCAUCAUGGGCUGCCUCUUCUCCCCAAUCCGACCCAGGAUGAGCGUGAUCCGCUGCGUUGGCCCGUCUGGCUGAAGCGUUGUGCUAUCGUCACGACCUCCAUGACGAACUUCGUGACCAACAUGGCCGGAGCGGGGCUGUCGGUGGCCGUCCCUGAGUUGAUUCAGGAGUAUCACAAGCCCGAGUCUGCUGUGGUGCAGCUGCUUACUUAUAACUUCCUGUUUUUAAGUAUCGGCAACAUCUUCUGGGUACCCAUUGCCCACAAAUUUGGAAAACGCGCCUCGCUGCUCCUUUCCAUGGCGCUCCAAGCCGGCGCUCUGGUAUGGAGCGUGGCCGCCACUAGCUUUUCUAGUCUGCUGGCGGCGCGAUGCGUGCAGGGAUUUGCUGGCGCUGCGGGAGAGAGUAUCGUGCCUGAGAUAGCCGCGGAUAUCUUCUUUCUGCAUCAGCGGGCUGCGAUGAUGUCCAUCUAUGUGAUUCUGAUAUCAAGCGGCUCAUCAAUUGGCCCGCUAGUCAGUAGUCUGAUGGUGCAGUAUCUGCCAACCUCCUGGCGGGCCUUUAUGUGGCUCUGCUUUGCGUUGGCGGUGGCUGACAUCGGGCUUAUGCUGUUCCUGUUUCCCGAGUCCAACUUCCGGCGUCCCGAGUGGGAUGUGCCUGCGAUCCAACUCGAGGUGACAGAGACGAAGGCCGCCCAGGAGAUGGUCGAACACGCGUCCCCGGAGGUGGUGUAUACCGUGCACAGGCCCCCAUUCGUCGACAUCAUCGUGCCGGUUCGCCUCGACCGCGAGCUGAACUUGUUCAGGGCCAUUGUAAUGCCCCUGCGCCUACUGACACGGCCAGCGGUGAUCUGGGUGAUCCUCCUCUACGGAUGUGCCCUUAGUCCGCAGAUCAUCCUCAUUUUCACCAUGUCCUCUCUCCUGCAAGCGCCCCCGUAUUUGUUCUCCUCCGUCUCUGUCGGCCUGAUGCACAUUGCCGCGCUUAUCGGCUUCAUUCUGGCCUGUUUUGGCGGCGGCUGGCUCUCCGACCUCAUCAACAGUCGGAUUGCGCGCCGGCGCGCCGACGGGAAGGUCCGCGCCGAGGAUAGGCUGCUGUCCCUAAUUCCAGGCAUGGCCAUCGGCCCCGUAGGCUGCGUGGUUCUGGCCUUUGCCUGCCAGAACCAUCUGCACUGGACAGCUAUUGCAGUGGGGUUCGGCAUGGUGUCGUUCGGGACGGUGUACUCGCCUAACAUCGCCAUCACCUACUUGGCGCACUGGCACCAAAAGGAUGCGGCGCAGUGCCUGGUACUGGUCAACGUGGUGAAGAAUUUGGUGGCGUUUACAUUUUUGUACAAGGCAGUGGAGUGGGCGGAGAGCCAAGGCUAUCUGCAGCUGUAUCUGGUGAUGUUUGCGCUGGGGUUCGUCACCAUCGGGGCGGCGCUGCCGCUGUAUCUCUUCCACGGGAAGCGGCGCGUUGAGUGA